ACGGCUAUGUCAGUACUCAUCGACCCUUUGUUUACAGUCAGUCAUAAAAGUAGAUAGAAUAUUGAACAACAACAAGAAGAAUAAGAACAAUACAUAAAAAGAUGCCGUCGGUGUGCAAAUUUACUCUGAAUCAUCCAAAUGCAGUUUAUUAUAGUGGCCAGACCGUCAAUGGAACCAUUAGCCUAACUACGACCUCAGAGAAAAACAUUAGAAAUGCUCGCAUUAUAUUCCUGGGAGAGGGCAAAGUAGAGUGGGAGGAGUCAACAACGACGACAGAUUCCAAUGGCAACAGCACGACCAGUACAACAUACUACAGAUCUCAUGAAGUUUAUAUCCACAACGAAACCAUUGUCCGUGGUGAGGGCAUCUUGCCUGUGGGCGUGCACACCUAUACAUUCACAAUUGUUUUGCCAUCAGACUGUCCCACUUCCUGUGAGGGAAGCUAUGGUCACAUUCGUUAUGGAAUUUCCCUGAAAUUAGAUCGUGUUCUGCGAUUUGAUAAUACCUACUACACACCUUUGACUGUUUUAAAGACGGUUGAUUUAAACGUGAAUCCCGUUUUUAGACUUCCUUUAUUGGCAGAGAAAGAUGCCAGUUUAUGCUGUUGGCCUUGCAGUGGUGGUAAACUAUUUUAUUCCCUGCAAAUUCCAUUUGGUGCCUAUACUCCCGGACAAAUUGUUAAAUACUCACUGAACAUACAAAAUCAUUCCAUGGUAGACGUCGAAAGCUAUUUCAUGGAAUUUACUCAAAAAAUGACAUUCACAGCCCAUUCACCAAUCCGCAGUCAUCGUCACGACAAACGCACCCUAGUCAAAAAAAACUAUCCGGAAAUAUGUCGCCGUUUGACCAAUCGCAUAUUAAAUGGUGAAUUUCAAAUACCCUCUGUGCCGCCCACAACUGAACCAACGAAGAUUAUUUAUGUGGAAUAUAGGCUGAAAGUAAAAAUGAUUAUGUCCGGCUGUCACAGAUCCAAGGAUAUAUCCGUGCCCAUAUUUAUUGGCAACAUACCGUUGCGCGAAAGUUGGUCAAGCAUUGCUGGGGGAAUGGAUGUCACACCAAGUGCCCCAGAAAUGACAAAAUCCGAAGAUAAUUCUGGUUCAGAAAUGCCACCGAACUAUAAUGACCUAAAACCGCCAUCCUAUCAAGAGGCUAUGCAAAGUGAUUCCCCCUUUGUAGACAAUGACGUCGAUAAGCAUCAUCGUGUGGAUGGUUUUAAACCUCUUUAUCCAAUGUAUUCAUAAUCAAGGGGGAUUUAAAUGGUGAAAGAUUUUCUUAAAGAACUAAGGGUGCAAGCACAUAAAGAGCUUGAAGUCAUGGCUAGGCAUAUUUUGUGACAUUUCAUAAAGGGAUUACAGAGCCGCACUAAAAUCCUGCCGUCGUUUUCCAUUAUAAUUUGACAUUAAUAUGCCUAGCCAUGACUUCAAGCUUGUUAUGUACUUGCCCCUUAAAAAUUCAAAGAGAAAAAAUCGUAUUUGAGGUUUGAGGAUUUCUUUACGAUACCACAAACAACAACCACAAACACAUUUGUAAAAUAUGCAUUAACGAGAAACUAUUUAUUUAUAAACAUAUACUUUUGUCAUUAGCGUUCAACUUACAAUAGUUGAACGUGAUGAAAGUGAUUUGAACAUACUAGAACCACCACAGCUGAUAUAUAGAAAACGAAGUCUGGCUAAUAAAAAAGGGAAAAUUGAAAAUUUUUAUAAAGAAGAAUAAGUCUGAAAAUGUUCUUAUUCGAAAUAUUCAGAUGCUUAUGAUUUAGGUAAUAACAUACAAGUAUGCAUAUCAUAAUUUACAAUCUUCAUAUGCAACUUAAGUUCACUGAACUUUUUCUUUAACUUUAAUGAUCAGUAACAUCGAAGCUUUUCACUUAAAGUAGUGAGUUUGGGGCAAAUCUGAAAUCACAACAUUCACGAAAAAACUCUUAUGCUCUUUGGAAACUUUCCACGCUUAUAAGAAAUAUAACAAUAGUCCUACAAAAUACCCACCUAAGUCAAUCAUUUUCAAAUUAGUAUUAGAUAUUUUGAA